AUGGAGCUGGCAACACGAGUGGGCUAUAAAAGCGGGUUUGAAGAGCUGUGGCUCUGGUGCUCCAAGAGCAGGCUCUGCACCGCCUUGACAUCAAGCUGCCCGGCGCAUGCACGAGGGAGGGCUGAGGGGAUCAAGAUGCACUUUCUGAGCUGCACACCCAUCGUCUCACUAUUGAUGACUUUCCUGGCUGUACUGCAUGUGAGUGAAAGAUGUUUUUUUAUUUUGGUUUCAGGUGCCAAAUGGACAUACAGUGGGCCAGAAGGACAACAUUACUGGCCAAAGCAUUAUCCAUACUGUGGUGGAGCUUUCCAGUCUCCCAUAGACCUCAAGCCAGGGCUGCUAAGGUUCGACCCAACUUUACGUCCAAUUGAGAUUCAAAACUAUAACCUGUCGCCCAAUGAGCAGCUUACACUGGGAAACAAUGGACAUUCUGUGCAAAUAUCACUGCCCUCUAAGAUGCACAUCUCCAGCCUGCCUCAGCGUUACACUGCAGCUCAACUUCAUUUGCACUGGGGCUCCUCCAGCAGACUGACAGGCUCUGAACACACGGUGAACAGUAAGCAGUAUGCGGCCGAGAUGCAUGUUGUACACUUCAAUUCAGACAAGUAUCCCACUAUGUCCAUAGCUGUAGACAAAUCUGACGGCCUGGCUGUGCUUGGUGUCCUAAUUGAGGUUGGAGACUUCAAUCCGGCCUUCGAACAGUUUCUGAGGUUCAUCAACGGCAUCAAAUACAAGGAUCAGAAAGUGCAGAUGCCCGGAUUCAACAUCAGACAACUGCUGCCUGCACGUUUGGAUGAGUAUUACCGCUACGACGGGUCACUGACGACUCCUCCAUGUUAUCCAAGUGUCCUGUGGACAGUGUUCCGAAAUCAUGUCACAAUAUCUCGCAAACAGUUUCUGGCCCUGGCAACAUCCCUCUACUCCUCUGAUGCCAGGGACUCAGCCCCCGUGUCUCUGAAUGGCAACUACAGGAGACCACAGCCAUCUGACAGCCGAGUGGUGCUGGUUUCUUUUAAGGAGGGCAGUGGACUGCAAGGUACUCUUACAGUCACAUCUCCACUCACGAGAAGCGAAUUGUUUCAGCAGCUGCUGGUCGGUGACCUAGCAGACCUGGCUGAUGGGCUCUAUCAGCUCCUACCAAGUGGCUCACAGAAGCUCCAUGGCAAGAAGAAAGACUUCAAGAACCAGGAGAGCGAGACUCCUGCCAAAUCCAAACCACAAACUCUGAAUUCAUCUCUUUGGAAGAAGAGCCAGACCGACCACUCUUUGGGAAAGUUAGGGCUGGCUAAAGAGGCUCUGUGCUUCAUCUCACUCGAGCAGAGAGUUAACCGUCAGCAAAAACAGUCUCACGCUGAGGGACAGCUGGUUCAGGCUCUCAGAGAUGCAGCUUUCCCUCAGCUCAACCUCAAGAGCUACCUGGACUGUAAAUCGGACUUAGCCCUCCCCACUAUCAGACACAUUCUCCAUGGACGGCCAACAGAUGAAGCUAAUGAGUUAGAACACUCCCUGCAAAGGAGCCUUCAAUAA